CGGAGAAGAAGACAUGAGAGGCGUCCUUGCUUUUGUUGACCGGCGCAAUCUGGCUUCGGCGUCACCUACAGCAAGAGGGACAAUGCAUGGCAGGCCACAGCCAUGUACUUUUCUGGAGGCGCGAAACUGCACUCACUGGUAGCAUGCUACCGGUGAGUGGGAUCGAUCGUUGCAAAUUGCAUCAGACACCGUUUCGUCAAAAGUCUCUGCCUGGAUAUGUAACAUAUGCGCUCAAGCGUGGCUGCUGAUGGAUCAAAAACAAACAGCAGAAAACCCAACACCCAAACGAAGGCAUACUAUGGCUUUGUUCGCCACACAUUACCGGGACUAGAGCUGUCUUUUCCUAAGCAGCCUAACCUCUCACAAAAACCCCCGGAAAGCACAUGUAGCAAUCAGUCCCAAACAUACACCCGCUAAAACACAUCUAAGAACUUGUUAUUGUGCGCCCUUGCCAGCCUUCUUCUACAGGCGACGCGCAGCAGCGGCCUUGACUUCGUAGUGGUCCACCCAGCGGCCUGUCGGCGUGACGAAUUUGGUGGGGUCGUCGUCCUUAGUCGAUCGGCUCAUCUUGCACGAGGCGGCAAGCUCUUCAUAGUCAAAGGACUUGCAGCUGGUCUCCUCCAGACACUUGCGGGCGCAUGAGGCGGCCUUCUUGACGGUGAAGACGGGGAAGUCGCCGGACACCAACAACUCCUUCUCCGAAUACCUGUGGCCACACACACCAAGACACGGCACAAAAUGUGAUGCAUGGACAGUGUGUUGCAGAUGCGUGCCUGUCGAAUUGCAGCAGAGGGUUUUCGCCUUCUACGGUGGUGAGGUCGACUCCCCCGGUGGUGAUUUCAGCUCCCUCAGUCUCCAUGAGGGGUGAGAAUUCGAGUGGCAGUCUCAUGAAGGUGUCGUUGGUCUUGAGGUACAGGACGCCUUGGCCGCCCGACCACAAAGUGCGCGACAGAUCGCACGCAUCGGGGUCCGUGUAGCACACUGUCCGGAUAAUGAAUGCAAUGCAGCACACAAUGACACAGAGAAACAAACAAACAGAGAGACAGACCGACAGACAGACCGACAGACAGACCGACAGACAGACCGACAGACAGACAGACAGACAGAAAGCGAGACAGAGAGGGAGAGGACGUGACAUGAGCCUGAUGGAUGGAUGUUGGCGGUUCAUGUGUGUAUGUGUGUGUUGGUGAGGUGCGUACCCUGGAGUCCGUCGGUUUCCUUGAGGAAGUGUGCGACGUUGAUUCUGAGUUCGGUCUGUCCCUUGGGCGGGAUGAUUCCGUGGGGCGUGCCGGCCAUGGUCAUCCAGUGGUGUGCUGAGAUGGGCAUGUAGUGGAUAGCGGUGCCCGUGGUGGGGUACGCCGAAGUGGCCGAAACGGCCUUGUGUGUCGUGGCGCUCUUGAGCCCGACCUUGAUGUGCUUGUCGCUCUGCGGGUUGAAGGCGUCGGCGUGCGUGAUGCCAUGGACGUUCUCGUACAAGAAGUGGAUGGGGCCGCUCUCCUCGAGCACCACCUGGAAGUUGAUGGUCCCCGCCCCGGCGUACUUGAAGCCGCUCCAGUGCACCGUCACGUCGUGCUCAUCGACCUCCACGUACACGCCAUCCGCCGUCGACAACUCGGACGAUGCGUACCCGUUGAUCACCUGACCAAACAAGUCAAUGCGAUGCGGCCACACACACGGAGGAUGGACGCCAAGUGGAUAGAUGAGUGCGCGUCUACUGACCCCGUCGUAGCCGAGUAGGAUUGAGCCGUCGAGUGAAACCUUCAUGGUUGAGUAGAUGCCACCGAAGUACGGGACAGGGAAGGGCAGAGCCACCUCCGUCUCCCUCUCGCCAGAUUCAAACGUGAGCUUGUUCUCAGCCGUCUUGUUCUCGAACCAGAAGAAGUCACCUGAACAAGACAAGUAUUCUCAUAUAUGUUUCCCUUAUCUCACUACUUCGUCUCAGCGGCUUCUACCAGUGGUCAUGACGUAGUCGGGGGCGGUGGGGAUCUGAGUGUCCAUCCCCAGCUGCGCGCUGUACAUCAGGCCCUUGACCGUAUCCUCAUUAGAUAUCUGACCAACGGCGGGACCCAUGCGCAUCGCGGAAGAAAUGUAAUGGUCGUGACGCUGACUGACCUUGACUUUGUAGGUGUUAGCUGUGUUUGACGGGAUGCGCUCCCGGAUGCUGGCGGGGGAUACGCCGAAAGAGGCCCCCUCACAUGUGAGUGUGAGUGUCUUGCUUGUGGCAACCUCCCGGCCGGUGGGCGAGCCUUCGUUGGUCGCCAGGUGCAGAGUGGCCGUGCGGGUGCCGCUCUUGGACGGGAUGCAGCGGACCUGAUGAAAGAAACAACAAACCACCCAACACAACACAACACAUACAAAGAGACGAAGAGACAAAGAGACGGACAGGCAGACGUCAGCUCACUGGGUGUGGUAGGUCUGACCUUGAGAAGGUGGGAUUCCUGGUUGGGCGAGACGGUGACGAUCAUUCCCCUAGGGGGCAGCACUUCAAAGUCGUUGGCAUGGUCUCCCGUCACGUCUUGCACUUGCACGGCCAGGACACCGGGGCCACUGUUGGCUAUGGGCACCUCAACAGCAGGGCUGGGCACGUGCACAGCACUCUUGCCCACUGACAGACUCGGAGGCAGAGCCGGCGACAAACUCGACCCGCCCAACGCCAGCAGCCGCAGGGAAGAAGUCACACCGCUGCCGCCGCUCUGGAUGUCCAGCGUGGCCCUGCAUACAUGAAGCCAAUACGGCAAAAAGGUGUCUGGAUGGAUGGGUGCAUUGCAACGCCAGCAUGUGUCCCAAACAUGCAUACCCGUAUUGGCCGGCAGUUACAGCGUCGACUUCGACUGUCACAUCGACUGUGGCGCCCGCUGCUACUGUGGCCGUCGCCGGAUACGACACGGCGCUGGUCAAACCCGCCGUCAUCUGCACUCAUGCAUACAUGUCAGGACACCCACCUCUUCUGCACUACCAUGGACAGACAGUCAGUCAUUUGGUGGAUGGCUUACCUGCAGGGCCUUGCUGACGUUGAGUCUCUUCUCGGUGACGGUCAGGAACGUGUCGUUUUCAGAGAGGGGCGUGCCACUCUGCAACAGGACGUCCUUCUGCUGGGCCCACGUGAGGUCAGGAUUGACCGCCAACAUGAGCGCCACAGCACCCGUCACGUGCGGCACGGCCAUCGAUGUGCCGUUGGCCGUGUACAGCCUUCAGAAACGUGCCAUCCAUCCACAUAGAAUAAAUAAUACAUGAGCACGCACAUUCAGGGAUCACCACAAGUGUGCAUGUCGCUUACGAUUCAUUGAAUAGGCUGGUUGGCACGGUGGAGACGAUGUUGGCCCCGGGCGCUGCGAGGUGGAUGGUCUCGUUGCCGUACGAGGCCCAGUAGGGGAUGUGGCCCUCCUCAUCAUGCGCCGUAACCGUCACCAUGUUGGGAAUGCCGAAAGUCGCCGGGAAGUCGGGCAUGGCGUCGUUGUCGUAACCCUCGUUGCCUGAUAUGGUAUACGUACAUGAAUCAUCACGCGAGCAUCCAUCCUGUGUAGAUGUGUGUCUCGUUGCCUGCCUGCGGCACAGAUGAAUAGCUGGUUGGCCUUCAUGUUUGCGACAAUGGCGUUGUAAAGUGCGGCGCUGAAUCGGACUCCUCCCCACGAGUUGCUCGUCACGUGCGCCCCGUGGUCCACCGCAUACUCGAGGGCCUCGAUCGCAUCCGACAUCAGACCUAACAAACACAUACAUGCAUGUACAGAUGGGCCACACAGAGGCAGAGAGCAUCACUCAGAGGGCAUCAGUGAUUGAGUCAACUAAUGACGUACCACUGCCGUCAGCCGCAAGGAACUUGAGUGCCAUGAUCUGGGCAUUCCACGCAACACCGCUGACUUCAGCUCCAUUGUUGCCCUUGGCGGCAAUGACACCAGCAACUGAAACACAUAUGUACACGAACAGACAGACAGACAGACAGACAGGCGUGUUGUCAGCGACCCUGGCUCCACAGUCGAUUGACGUCCAUCGGCCGGUUGAUCUGCCAGCCUGUCUGUCUGUCUGUCUGUCUGUUUGUCUGUCUGUCUGUCGCUCUGUCUGUCUGUCUGUCUGUCUGUCUAUCUGUCUGUCUGUCUGUCUGUCGCUCUGUCUGUCUGUCUGUCGGUCUGUCUGUCUGUCUGUCGGUCUGUCUGUCUGUCUGUCGGUGUGUCUGUCUGUCUGUUUGUCUGUCUGUCUGUCUGUCUGCAAAUGGUGUGUCCGCCUUUAUACCAUGUGUUCCGUGUCCGGCGUCAUCCAUGGGGUCGCCAUCCUGGUUGCGGAAGUCGUAGCCGUAGAUGUCAUCAAUGUAGCCGUUGCCUGCCAGCCCACACACGCACCCACCCAUGUACCCGACACAUACAUGCAUGGUAGCUGGAUGUAUGUGCCUGCCUGCCUGCCAACAUACCGUCGUCGUCAACGCCUGCUUGUCCGUUGAGCUCGGCCUGGUUGACCCAAAGGUUGUCCUUGAGGUCGUUAUGGGUGUAGUCGACCCCCGUGUCGAGCACGGCCACGACAGGGCCGUUGGGCAGCUUGGCGGACGAGCCAGUUGUGACGGACCAUGCGUCGGGGGCUCCGAUGGACAUCAUGCCCCACUGGUUGCCGAAGGAGGGGUCAUUGGGAACUGUGCCUGUGGCCUUGACCACCUGGUCCUCCUCGCAAGCCGCCACAGUCUCGUCGCUGCAGAUGUCGUCCACAUGCCUCUGGAACUCGGUGAUGUUGGCAGGACUGCUCGGGUCGACAUAUAACUCCAAAAUGUCCACGUGGCUACGAUUCAUCUUCCGGUGCUCCUUGAUGGCUAAGCACACACACGCAGAAUAUGACUCGGGGAGCGAGGGAGCAAUGCACAUGUUGACUCUUGUCCACGCCUGCCUGCCUCCCUGGCUGUCUGCCUUUCGUGCGGCCAUCCAUAUCUACAUAGGUGCACAGGUACCGUCUCCGAGUUUGUCGUCGAUGUCUGUGAGCCCGCUGAGUCGUCUGCGGCCUGCCUCUGCAGCGGUAGCGUUGUGGUAGACGACCAGGAUGCGGGGAGGCAGCCCCAGAGCGGUGAUGCUGCCGCUGGGGGGAGUGCCAGUCAGCUCACGCCCCGACUUGCCGCCUUUGCCACCGGGCAGGUCGGCCUUAUCCGCAGACGUGCUGCAGCAACCCAACGACACACACAGAGGUCGGAAUGCACGGCAUGAAUGUCUUCGGCAUGAAUGUCUUGCUGACGUGUGUUCUUCUUUGGCCUGGAGUGCUCGUCUGGCGGUUUGUGUGGCGUUGGUGACGUUGUUGAGGUCGAGUGACUCCUGGAUGUCGGCCUCGAUGGCAGCGUGUGCAUUCGACAGCUUGGCAAAGUCAUCGGCAGUGAGGAAAAGUGGCAGCGGCAUGGGCAGCCAGGGGACCGUGCCAGUGGUGUCGCUCAGGUGGAACAGACCCAGGCUGUACAGCAUCGAUAUGUCCGCACUGAUCGAUCCACGGAUCGACGGAUGGACACCAAUGACAACGAGGCAUAACAAAGAUAUACAAACACACAGAAUCACAUGGGGCUGGCCAUGUUGUUGUUGGCCUGUUACUUGAAUAGUUCUGUGUUGAUGACGUCUCUGUUUCUGGAGAUCAUCCAGAGGUCGAGGUCGGUGAAUACGGGCGAAAAGGCGGCGGCGGUGGACUCCUGUGUGUUGGCUGGGGAGGUCGUGAAGAAACCCAUGUUGACCAUCUCGCUGAACAACGCAGACCCAGCCGUUGCAUUCAACUCGCCAAACAAUGACGCACUCGACUGCACACUCCGACAGAGACAGACAGGAAUACAACACAAUGCAUAUGGGUGUUUGUCGCGAACGCUCCCCCUUGGCUUGCCGGCUUGCUGACCGUGUCCAAUGUGACGGCGAGUAUCUUGUUGUCGUCGUCCACCUUGACCGAACGGAUGAGGUAUUCAUUGGCCUUUGCCUCCGUGUAGUUCCAGUCGCCUGACACUCGGAAAAGGGUGCUAGAGGGGAAGUCCACAUACGACAGCCGACGGGAGCCACCACCACCCUGCUUGGCCUUGAGCUGACGAGCCUGCACAAAGCAAGCACACACAGGGAGAGAGGGGAGGUAGAGAGCGAGACACCUCUGGCUGGUGAUUGACUGAUGUUCCAUCCAUCCCCACGUACCUACCGGUGGGGGUGUGAUGUUUUUCCAGUAGAAGUCGGGGGUGGCGGCGUUGAUAGCAGUAGUGUCGAAUGACGAGAGGAGGACCAUGUUCCACUUGUGCAGCACGUGGUCCUUGGCCGCACCCACCAACGACUCCCACGUCGUACCUGCCUUCAUACCCAGAUCACGAGGAGUCACCUCACUAACACAGACACAACACGCAACCAUGUUGCACUCAUGUGGUGAUGUCGUGUUCCCUCUCAGCUGGCUGUCCGGGUGGUUAACUGACCUCUUGCGCCACGCGGAUGUUUCAAAAAGACUGAGGUCGAAGUUGGAGAGGUGCGCUGAGGCAGGGAACUCACCGAUGGCGCAGUCGUGGAAGUUGGGGCGCCAGUUGGACGACCUGAGGAAGGCAAGAUCAAUCACCCAUGAUGAUUGCAGGGUGUGGUGUCCUACUUGAAGAAUCCGAUGGGUUCUGCGUGCCCCUCGUACACGGCCCAGAAGCGGGCGCCGCCAUAGUUGGAUGCGGUGGGUGUGGUGAGGUUCUGGUACUCGAAGCCCCAUGGCUUGAUGGCGCCGUCGCGGGAGCGGAUGAAGCCCCACGGGUGCCACACGCCAUCCUGGCUCUUGUAGACGCCCCAUGGGUAGAACGUGUUGUUGUAGCUGCCACACAAGACACACGCAGUUUGAUACCUUGGUCGGCUACUCGCUGGCGCUUUCGCAUAUGACAUCUGUGUGUUUACCUGAAGUAUCCGAUAGGCACGAUUUUCCAGGAGACGUCCUUCCAGGUGCUGGCCGUUGGGGACAUUUCCAUUGUGGGGUCGGCUGGGCUGUAGGACCCUCCGUCGGUCGCUGGGGGAGCUGGAGCAGCCUCCAGACGCCGGCCAGCGACCUCUUCCUGGUAGAACAGGCCGCAUGAGAUGCAUCGCUGGAUGCCUGGGGAGUUCCAGCGCUGGAUGCCUGGGGAGCCCCAGCGCUGGAUGCCACCGGACAUCCAUCGGGAGAAGCCGGGAGGCAGCAGCAUGCCGUCCUCGCCACCCUCGGUGCUGCGGGCGAUGCCGGGUGACAUCCACCGCUGAAUGCCACCGGACAUCCAGCGCUGAAUGCCGGGGGCCCCCCAGUCACCCCAGGAGCGUUGGAUGCCGGGAGAGCCCCAGUCGCUCCACCGCUGCAGGCCGGGAGAGCCCCAGAAGCUGCGCUGGAUGCCAGGAGACGUCCAUCCCCAGGUGCGAUGGAUGCCGACCGGCAUCCAGAUGCGCUGAAUACCGGGCGACCCCCAGCCCCACCGUUGAAAGCCCGGGGACAUCCAACCCCAUCGCUGAAUGCCGGGGGGCGCCCAGCCCCACCGCUGAAUACCGGGCGACAUCCAGCCCCACCGGGCGAUGCCCUGCACACAUACCACACAACACAUAUGUGAUAGCGGGGCAUCAAGUCAUGCAGGCAGGUUGGUUACGAUGGGCAUCCAGUUGUUCCAGCGACCUAGCCCCACAUGGCCCAGGACCCCGAAGUAGCUGUCGAGCCAGCGGGCGAUGCCCGUCCAUCCCCAACCGUAGGCAGCAGGGUGCCAUCUCGCAAUGCCGAACCACCCCCUGGUGCAUUCAUAUGCCGCCAGACAGACAGACAGACAGACGGCAAGAAAAUGGGCAAAGCAGCGACAAACCUUCUCUCCUUUUCUUUUCUGGAUUGGCUCACCAGCCGUGGUAGGCAGGACUCACCCAGCGGCCCUUGGCAACCCAUCCCUACACAUACGAGCAGACGCAUCCGUGAAAUCCAUUCAUACUAAUAGCGCAUCCAUCCCUCUCGCUCUUCAGUACACUCACCCAUCCCCAGUAGUCGUCGAAUGACCAGCGGCCGUUGCCCACCCACCUGAACCAGACCGUGGACAAGAGGAGGCCAAUCCAUUCAUUGCCUAUGUAUGUACGUGUGUAUAUGUGCGGUGCGCGUCCAUCACCCGAAUCCGGUGUAUUCGUAAGGGUUGUAUCCUCGCGCAAUGCCGACCCAUCCCCUGAAACAAGACAACACAGAGACACAUACCUCAUCAACACUCCUUCUCGUGUAUGAUGCCACAUGCCAACAUUUACCAGCCCGGGUUCCAGCGGGAGAUGUCUUGAGGAGAGAGAACACGGACACAGACAAGAACUGGUGUUAUCCGUGCCUCUGCAGUAGGGCUAGCUGCCUUUCACUCGGCCCACCCACCUUCAAUGGUCCGAUUCUCCUCUGCUCUAGCAAUGCCGGUCCAGCCCCAGUCGGGAUUCCAGCGGGCAAUGCCAACGUAGCCCCUGAAGGAGUCCGAGGCAAGGGAGGCAUGCAACUGGAUGCAACCCUCUCUGUCAUGCAUCUAGCGUACCAUGACCGUUGGAUACCCGGAUGGCCGCUAACCGACACAAUCACACACAAGAAAGCGAGUCCAGCCACGGCCUGUCUUCCGCGUGUGUGUGCAUGUGUGCGCGCAAUACUGUAGGGGAUUCCAACGCUCGUGGCCUGAAAUGGCGCCUCUGCGCGAGUAAGGAAAUCAAGAGAUUCGACCCCGGACGUAAGCAUUUGAUACCUGAUCGCGGCUUACCCUUCGUAGUACCACGGGGUCCAGCGUGCCAUGCCAAACCAGCCCCUGGUAAUCCAUACAAGCAUAGGCAAAUAGGGUUACACGAGCACCACGGCACCUUCACAUGCAUGUGGUCUUUGUGCGCACCAGCUGAAGUAUGCGGGAUUGAACCAGCGGGCAGUGCCCACCCAGCCCUACAACAUCAAUUGUUCCAUCCAACUCGGGCCCAUGCACUCCCCCUUGUCUGUCUUCCUCCCUUUGUGCAUAGUGUGGUGAUGCGUACCCAUCCCCAGAUGUCGCUCCAUCUCCAGUUGGCCCCGCCGACCCAGUUCCACCCGUGAAAUGUGCCGAAGAAGCGAGACACGUCCGAUAUGGGGAAGAACGGCAGAGUCUUCAUGCCGGUCUUGCUGAAGGGCCCGCCCUCGGACCACGACAGGGCCGGCGCAAAGGCGAGUUCGUCCCAUGGGGAUGCUUUCGAGUGGUCGACGAAGUCGGCCGAGCCGCCAGGCAGGAAAUAUCGAGCUGAGAAGAGGCCCGGACUCUCGCGAAACCCGAAGCUGUGGAACUGUCCACCACUGGGCAGCCACGCCUCUGCGGCACGCACAGCAGGACGGAUGACGUGUCAAAUCUUUGUCCCGUGUGCAUUGUGGACACAGAUCUCUAGAUCUCUUGCCCAGCAGACCUUUGUCCUCGGCCCAUACGCCCUUGUCGCUCUCGUUCGAGGCAUACCACCAGCUCCAAUAGCUGUCGUAGUCCUCCGCGGUCCAGAUGCUAUCUUUUGGCCAAAAUAGGGGCGCACUCCUGAGGCCCUUGAGAGAUAUAUCGAGGGUGGCCUCGCUGCCGCCAUCGUUGGUCACUCUGAUGGUGACGGGUGUCUUCUGCCCCGCUGUGAUGUUCUGCUUGAGAAGCGUUUGGUCGACAGUGAGCUGGUGGCUGCUGCCCACCAAGCAAAGGAUUGCAACCAGAAAGACACCUUCCACACCGGACGACAUUUUCCGAACACAGUGGCACGCGUGUGGGGGCU